UUUGACGAAAAUUUCAUGAAUUUCGUUUCUCGCUUUUUUUGUGGAAAUGUCCCAAUAAACCAUCAAUCAUGGCCAAUAUUUUGGAAUUAGUCAGUGUAAAGGAAUAUUUGGUGAAUCAUGGUGGCAAAGUAAGGAACCAUGACCUGGUAACACACUUCAAAGGGUAUCUAAACGACCCAGAAAAUAAGACCUUGAAUCGGGAGACCUUUAAAGAGUGUGUUAAUAAGCUGGCAAUCGUCAAGUCAGAGAAUGGCGAGAAAAUGAUCAUUCUGAAGAAAAAGUACCGUCAAAUGUCACCUCCGAAAAUAGAUGAAAAUGUCAAUCCUGAGCCCAAUGGCAGAGACGUAACGGACAGUGGUCAAAAUAGUGAGACAGCAUCCAGAGAAGGAAGUGCAGAUGCAGGUGCAUGUAGCCAUGCUUCCUCAUCCACCAGUGGCACACCAGAGAGAUCGAGGGAGUCUAGUGCAGGAGCUCAGGCUGAUGUUUCCAGGGAGUCCAGUGUGUCAAUGGAAGAAGCCGGCGUACAUGAAGCGAGUCCAAUCGUGAGUGUGAAGGACCGUGCGCAGUUCCUCAAUAGCAUACAGACGUUGGAUGAUGAGGAGGAAGAAGAGUCGCCCAUUCAGUUGAGGAAGAAAACAAAAGUAGAAAAGACCAGAAUUCUUUCAGAAGAUGAUCCUGGAUUACUUAAUAUGACCGACCCGAAAGAGCGAGAAUGGAUGGUCACUUCUGCUAAAUCAGAUUACCAAACGAUGGCACGAAUGUUGAUUGACUUUCCUAACCUAGCAGCAAAAAAGGAAUUAACUUCCGUAAGUAUCUCGAUCAGUGUCACUUGUAGUACAACAGUGUAG